AUGUAUAUUCUUCUAACUGUUGUUAUAUAUUUAACUGCUGUGAGCAGUAUAAACGGAUACCGAGGUCCAUUUCGUCGAUUAUUACCAACAGGAAAUUUGACUAUUCUUCAAGUUAAUGAUGAUCCUGGUGAGCCCCUAUAUCUUACACCUUAUAUUGAACAAGGAAAGAUCGAAGAAGCAAGAGAACUAAGUCUAGUCGAUUUAACACCCUAUAAACAACAAUCAUUUUCCGGUUAUUUAACUGUUAAUAAGGAAUAUAAUUCCAAUAUGUUCUUUUGGUUUUUUCCUGCACAAAAUGGAAAUAAACCUGAUACACCAAUUAUGCUUUGGUUACAAGGUGGUCCUGGUGCUUCAUCACUUUUUGCACUUUUUACAGAAAUCGGUCCAAUUUAUAUAGAUGCAAAUGGAUAUAUACAAUUACGUGAAAUAACAUGGAAUAAAAAUUAUCAUUUAAUUUUUAUUGAUAAUCCUGUUGGAACGGGUUUUAGUUUUACAGGAAAUGAUCAAGGUUAUGCACGUUCACAAGAAGAUGUUGCACGUGAUUUAUAUUCAGCAUUAACACAAUUCUUUCAAAUAUAUACAGAUUAUGCAUCGAAUCCAUUUUAUAUCACAGGUGAAAGUUAUGGUGGAAAAUAUGUACCUUCAAUAACUUAUAAAAUUCAUGUGGAAAAUCAAAAUCCACAAGUAAAAGUUAAAAUUAAUUUAAAAGGAAUGACUGUUGGAGAUGGAUUAUGUGAUCCUAUUAAUCAAUAUCAAUAUGGUGAUUUUCUCUAUCAGAUCGGUCUUAUUGAUCAAACUCAAAAAUCAUAUGUUGAUUUACAAACAGCACUCAUGCGUUAUUCUAUAGAACAAGAACGUUAUAUAGAUGCAUUUCAUCUCUUCGAUGCUCUUCUCAAUGGUGAUCUUCUUAAUACAACAUCUUAUUUCUAUAAUGUAACAGGCAUUAAAAACUAUUUUAAUUAUUUGCUAACUGAAGAACCUGAAGAACAAAGUUAUUUUGUUUCAUUUAUUACUCAUCCUGAACGACGAAAACAAAUUCAUGUGGGUAAUUUAUCUUAUGGUAGUCAAAGUGAUAUCGUAGAAAAAAUGUUACUUAAUGAUAUGAUGCAAAGUGUUGCCUGGAAAAUUGAAGCUAUAGCUAAUGCAAAUUAUAGUGUAAUGAUCUAUAAUGGUCAAUUAGAUAUUAUUAUUGCUGUACCAUUAACUAUGGAAUGGGUUAGUCAACUUAAUUGGAUUGGUACGGAUGAACUUCGUCGAGCAUCACGAAAAGUUUGGAAAGUUGCUGAUCCUGAUCCAGAAAUAGCUGGUUAUAUAAAAACAGCAAAUAAUAAUCGUUUCUUUCUUGCAACUGUUCGUAAUGCUGGUCAUAUGGUUCCAUAUGAUCAACCACGAGUAAUGUUAAAUUUACUUGAAAAAUUCUUAUCUGCUCAACCAAAAUCUCAAUGA